UGUUUAAUAUGUAGGCCUAGAUUUGACUUAUUUACCGACACGAGUGCUGGUGUGUUUUUAAAAUAUCGCUAAAAUGACACUCGCAAGUAGGCAUUAAUUUGCAGGCCAGAUGAGGGUCCUUAAGGUACCAUCAACCCACUAAAUUGUUCUACCUUACAUUUAAUAGUAUCCUGUGAAGGUUUUGACGGUGUAAAUGUCUAUGUCAAUUGCAAAGAAAAUAUCCGUUCGGAGAAGCUUUUAUGAUGCUAGUGAUGAGUUCCUGGAGGAGUGAAGAACCGAUGCAGAUGGAAGCCUUCAGUGACCCGGCCAGUUCCUCUGUGCUUGACACAGUCUGUGUAAUCUGGGGCUGUGAGCUGAAUGGCAGCAAGAAAACUGCACUUUUCCAGGUGGAGGAUGACCUUCUCGAGCACCAGUUUUUCAUCCAUACGAUCUGCCUCAGCGCCGAGUCGAGCAACGAGAUGCACGUGGUGGAAGUGAAGGACAGCAUCGCAAACCGCAGCCAUGCUGUGCCCAUAGCCACCCUCUGCCCCACCUGCCUGCCCAUGGUCAGUUUCAGCGGGUUUGAGCUGGUGCCUCCCGUCACGUUCACGCUGAGCUCUGGCCAGGGCCCCGUCUUCAUUAUGGGGCAGCACAUCACAUUCAACGUGGAUGUCACAGAAUGAGGAGCUAGUGGACCCCUGUGGUUUCAGAUCCGUCUUCUGGUUGAGAUUCACUGCUUUAAUAACUGUUGUUUAACAUCAGAGUUGUGAAGCUGAUCAGUGGUGAAGCUGAUCAGUGAUGAGUGCACUAAGAACAUCUACCUUAAUGCCAUCCCAAGUUAACAUCUUUGAAUUACAGCAGUCAUUUUGAAUUGAUUGUCACGGGCCAUUAUGCCUUUUCCUCCUACAUUUCCGUUUGGGAUGUAUGUGUCCAAAGGCACACAAAUAUAACCACUUCAUUUCCGCAAAGACCUUUUCAUACUAGGAGUGACCCAGCUGCAGGUUCUGGAAAGUGAAAUUAUUACUGCAUUAGGAGCCCUUGAAAGAAUCCCGCUUACUGUAUGCCUGCUGUUCUUCAAGAGGAUUUGCAGAAAUUAAUCCACAUUAUGAGCAUCACCAUUACUGUUUAAAAAAAAAAACACCCCAAUAAAUAAAAAAAAAAAAAAAAAAACAAUUAAUACAAACCAAAUUAGUUUUAAAUGAUUCUCAAACAUCUCAGAUUUAACUGGGCAACUUGUAUGCUGCCACAAUGUAGGUAAGGCUAAUUUAUUUUCUCCUGUUGUUCAUCCUGGUCUGCUUUUUUCUCCUUGUGGUAUCCUGUCAGCAGAGUCAGGAGGUCUCGCCCCAAAGGCAUGCUAAUCACCCAGACCUCACCAGACACUUAUGUAUGCAGAUUGUCUCCUUUGCCAUUCUCAGUGGCUCCAAACACCUAUCUGCUUACCCACAGAUAUUUGCUGGCCUAAUUAUUUAACAAAGUGCCAUUUUAAGCAGCACGAUAUCACCCAAAUGCCAGUUCUUUUUCUGAAGGAAGUGUUUGUCUCGAUUAUUUGGUCCCCUGGAGAGUCCUACACAGAUCCAGUGUUCCCUUAUGGGUUAUUCCUGUUUUAAAACUACAGUGCUCACAGAAAAUCUUGGGACGCUUGCUUAAUGCUGUAAAAAUGUUGCAGAUGUAUUGGUUUCAUAACAGAAGUCCAUUAAUAAGCAGUGUUUAACACAUCUGUACGUAUCUUCAGCACGGACAUUUUCCUUUUAUUAAGUGUCAUAAUCAUUACGACAUUCAGUUGCUGUUAAUUGCAAUUGUAGUCAGUGGCUCCCAAAGGGAUAGUAAACACCAAUGUUUGGUGUUUUAUGUUAUUGCAAAGGUGUGAGUAAUUAAAAAGCUUUGUCAAGGAACUUUUUAACUCAGAACAGCUCACUGAAACCCAAAUUAUAGUUCUAAAUUUAUUACUACUUGAAAUGAAUGUUUUAUUUAAAACCUCUGGUUGUUUCUAAUGGGAUAUAUAUUUUUGUAAAAAAAUUAAGUAAUGAUUUUUGUUAUAAAAUCUAAUAAACCGGCAAUAUUUUUACUGAAUUAAGCAUGCAUCCAAAGACUUUCCGUGAGCGCUCCUCUUAAUCUCACUUCCCAGCUCGGCAUGCUAGCUGAGGUUUUUUUACUCUUGCAACUAAAAGGAAGGUUCAGCUGACUUAGCCAAUCUUACCGGCCCGCUUGCCUCUUCAGGGCCAGGAAUGUUUAUUACACAAUGUUUAUUACAGGAAUGUUUAUUACACAAAACAUCAGCAUGCACAGAAAAACUACUUUUCCUUGACUUAGUCAGUGGAUAUUAAAUGUGUUCUUGAUAUAGAUUUAAAUCCAGUGAAACGUGCAUUUAGGACCAGCUGCAGUUUCAUGUGAAGUGUUGUGAAAUUAUGUGGUAUUAAAAUUGCUGUUCCUUGUCCAAGCGCUGUAAUGUUUUUCCCCGUCCUGAAGGAACACAGAAAAUGUACGAAGAGGUUUGGAAAGUCACACGAUGUGAUUUGUUGUGGCCAAAAUGAGUAUAAGUCAAGGAACUCAACGAUCGGGAAUUGUGGGUGGAAAGACGACGUAGGCGUCGGGUAACAGUCUAUGAACGGCAUUUGUCUGAACAGCAUUACUGUGGCCAAGAGACAAACUACACAGUGCUUGUAGAACUUUCUACAUCUAAACAUGAAGAAUGCAUGAAAUGAUCUAGUAUGUAAGCUUGGCAUACUUAAAACACAAAAUAGGAGAAAUGCCAACAUGGGAAGGUUCUUAAUGUAGAAAUGCAGCACCAGUGGCACAGCAACAGGACCGAUGAGACGGGCAACUUCCUGGGGCCCCGAGCUGGGAGGGGGCCCCCAAGGGUGGCUGAUUACAUAAUGUAUUGCAACAACAAAUCUGCUUAUGUGUGUUCUGUUUCUCACAGAAGUGAAAAUAAAGGAGUUGUGUUUA